CCCAUGGACACCUCGUACCCGCGGGAGGAGCGGCCGCCCCCCAAGCGGGGGCCGCCCCCCGCCGCCCCCGCGCCCCGCGACCAUCUCAUCUGGGCCAUCUUCAACACCCUCUACAUGAACUUCUGCUGCCUGGGCUUCGUGGCCCUCGCCUUCGCUGUCAAGGCUCGGGACCGGAAAGUGUCCGGGGACGUGGAAGCUGCUCGGCACUUCAGCUCCAAGGCACGGUGCUACAACGCCCUGGCCACAGCGGGCAGCGUGGUGCUGCCACUCCUGCUCGGUGCCCUCAUUGUCACCGGUGUCAUCCACCUCUCCAAGCUGGCCCAGGAGUCCGUCGGAUUCUUCACCUACCAGUUCAGCGGGAGCGACGAUGAGGACCAGUGACCCGGGGUGAAGGGCUGGGGGAACCUCCUCUGCAUCGCUGGUGGCCCCCCAAAAAGGCCACCACCCCUCUCUGCCACGCUGCUCCCCAGCCCCACCGUGAGGGCACGGUUAUUUUUGUUUAUCCUGUGGGUUUUUUUACCUCCCGUUAUCCCGUGUGAAGCCCCAGAUCCCGUGGUCGCUAUUUAAAUCAUUAAACGCUUCACACAGCGCGAGUUUCUGUGUGUGGAAAGGGGCAGGAGGGUGCCAAAUGGAAAACAUAAAGAGGGAUUUAUGGCUCCAAUCAGGCUCCUGGCAGACAGGAGACACCGUCAUUCCCACAGCCUUCAGGGCCACCUCUGGCCACCGGGACCCCCAGGACCGAGGUGGGGAGGAAGCAGAGACGCUCCUUGGGCCUUGUGGGAGCAGGAUGAAGAAAAUGGGGUG